AUGGCCGAAGACAACACCGACCCCGACCCUGCUCCAACCACUCGCCCUGCCCCUGACCAAGCUACCGAGGGCCCUUCUAUCGUGCCUGUCCGCAUGAUCAAGAUUGGCGACUCUUCGGAGUACGCCAGCGAUGGUAUUGGUAACAAACCUCGAAAGUCGAUCGGAGCGACCAGAAUGCCAGACACCAAUCUGCUCCUCCUGGUCAGCGGUGCCAUCAAUGCCAACCCCAACUACAUCCGCGAACUAGGCAAGCCUAUUACGUCUAUCUCUCGUUACCGCGUCCAGUUAGACGUCGACAGUGGCCCUCCUAAGGGUUACGCAUUGUUCAAAAGUUCCGGCACGGUACCUCGCGUCUACGGACACCCCACUCAUGGCUUCUUCGAAUCGACCAUAAACUUGGGCGAGCACUUCUAUCGAAUCAUCAUCAACGACACUGAUGGAUGUCACUGUGCCCUUUGCAGAUUCGAUGUCGGUCUCUCGAAAGAGUUCUACAAGGAGAAGGACUCUGGACCCCGUGACACGCAUCGCCCUCCCAGUCCGGGUCCUGACAAUGGUAUCGAUUACAGCCAGCUCCCGGAAUCUGUCGCUGGUGAACGGGUUCUAUGGAGAUAUUAG